AUGGCCUUUGUAGUGUUAUGGGCGUGGGAUGGAUUGCGCAGCAUGCUCGUCAACGACAACAUAUUCAUCACCUCUCCGAAUUGUACUGGCCUGUACUCCCCACCACUUGGUGUGAACCGAGAAAUGUGGAUGCGGGAAGAUUUUAGGUAUGGUGUUGACGACCCUCUGUCAUGGCCCCAACCUUAUUGCCGGACAUGCCCUCACCUGGCUUGCAUGCGACUGUGCCCUAGGGAUGACUCUGAUCCCAACGUUCCUUUGUUUGAGCUCCCGUUGCAGGAAGAUUUUGAAGAACUGGACCUGUCAUUGCUCAUUCACAGGCCUGGUUUUUGGCACAGAGAACGUAGAUGUGUAUUCCAGCAACGUUGUCGGGCAAUCCUUGGUGGUUGCGAGGGUAUUCCCCAUGUAGAUGAGGCUGCCAAAGCAGGAGCUAACAGGGCAGAUGAACUCCUAGGAUAUGCAAGGAUGUUUCUGGAAUGCCUGGACGGUCUGCCCCUCACAUUUCACAGGCUGUAUUUGUGCAUAGCUGAAACGCAACGACUGAUACUUGAGGCUGAAGCCAUCAAGUUCUUCUUUGGUACCAUUCGCCCUUCAUCCCUUGCGCCUGUAUCGGAGCACGUUCCCAAGGCUGACAUGGACUUGGUCGGUUGCAUCACGACAGACAUCGGUGUGGCACAGCAAUUUCACUGGGCAGGAGUGCCAGUGUGGCUCCUGCGAGCCCUCGAUACCCUUCCUCACACACGCAUCGAUGCGGUGGGAAGGCUAAAGACAGCGGAGGGCCAUCUUCAUAUGGGACCUUGUCCCCUUCAUCUCCCUUCAGUUUAUGUAGGAGGUGCUGGUGACGAGGAAAAAUACCUGGCAUUCGACAGGUUUACCAGGUCCCACCUCGGGGCACCAAAUCUGUUGUUGUGGAGUCCGGGAGAGCUUCGCUCAGAAGCUUCUUGGGUACCAGAGCAUGGGAGUGUGCAGUCGUCUCCUGCCCGGGAGGUUUGCCUACCAUACAACCAUGUGAGCCGUUCUCGCAAGGGUAACUUGAAGCCCCAGAAGCCCAACAGUUUUGCCCUAAUUACUCAUGAGCUCUUACCGGGCAUCCGCCCAGCAUGGAAAGUGGGCCUUAGUUCUGUUGACACAAACAAGGAACAUAUAAAUGUCCCAGCAGCACCAUUUGCCUUUCCUCAGGCCGAUCUAUUUGCCACCAUAGCAGAUGGGACUAAGCGGAUGAGCGCACUCAGUACCUGGCUGCGUCUCCGACCGGGCCUGCUGGCCAUGCAAAUGCCUUCAUACACUUCCGCCAGAAUGAGCCACCAGAUGUGGAGGGCAAUCCUCACCUAUGACUGGGUGGGCCAGUCGGACGUGAGGGAUAGGAUCAGAGGGAAGAUUACCGAUCGAAGGGAACUAGCAUUGAAAUUCCUGGGGGGAUGUUUGGGAGAAAUGUCUGUUGAGGCCCAUGGAAUCUCAGUGGGAGGCAAAUGGCAAGGCACGCCCAUCAGAGAUGUCUCCAGGGAAGACGUCCAUGAGAUACACUGGGAGCUAGCCGAGUUGGGGUUCAGACUGGAAUUUUUGUCUCUGGAUAGGCAUUUGAGGGAUGUGAAUACAGAAUCAGCUAUACGGAAGCAUCUUGUCCAUUUAGGCCACUGCUUUCCCCUCAGACGCCAUGAUCGCUGUUGGGUGGUACACCUAUCAGAGGCUCACCACGGUAUCAGCGAACCCAGGUGGAUGCGUCGGGCUCUGUACUUAUGCUCCAUGCGUCAGGUUAUGAGCAAAUGGAGAGGUUGUCCUGCAUCCAUCUUGUUGGACAAGAGCAGAUACACGGAGGAAAUGGUGACAUCUUUGGAGCAAGACCUUGCCUCUUUUUACUGCGACAGUUUCUACGUAACUUUUGGCCGUGCACCCUGUUUGCCACGUGUGUUGACACACACGUCCACGGAGGGGAACUAUCCUGAGCGUGCAAUGCCCCUCUCGACAGCUGGGGGCUACUACAAGGAUGUCACAGAGUGGGAGGCACCAUACUAA